ACUCUAACAGCGGUAGCAGCAGCAGCAGCAGCUAUAGCAAGCUUUUACUAAUCGAAAAGCUUUUCGAUUGAUUUUGCUUCACGCUAGGGAAGAGCUAUACUACAGUUUCACUCCUAAGAGAAGAACAGCGGUUCAACGAAAUUUUGUCGAGGAAUUAGAUGCACCAUUCCCAACAUGGUGCCGUUUAUAUAACUGUGAUCUGUGGUAAUAAAUUCAUGAGCCCCAUGCCUUGGACAUCUGAGGCUCUCAUUGUUGGCCAUAUAGACAAUGACAGAAGACUCCGAUUCGAUAUCUGAGGAAGAACGUAGUUUGUUCCGUCCUUUCACUCGUGAAUCAUUACAAGCGAUAGAAGCACGCAUUGCCGAUGAAGAAGCAAAGCAGCGUGAACUGGAAAGAAAGCGAGCCGAGGGGGAGGUAAAGAUUAGUGAUUUUGGUCGGAAGAAAAAGAAAAAAGAAAUACGUUACGAUGACGAGGAUGAGGAUGAGGGUCCCCAACCGGACCCUACACUUGAACAGGGAGUACCUGUCCCAGUUCGAAUGCAGGGCAGCUUCCCUCCAGAGUUGGCCUCCACGCCUCUCGAGGAUAUCGAUGGCUUUUAUUCGAACCAGAGAACAUUCGUAGUGGUUAGCAAAGGAAAAGAUAUUUUUCGUUUUUCGGCCACCAAUGCAUUAUACGUACUUGAUCCGUUUAAUCCUAUUCGUCGCGUAGCUAUUUAUAUUUUAGUACAUCCACUGUUUUCACUUUUUAUAAUAACAACCAUUCUUGUUAAUUGUAUAUUGAUGAUUAUGCCUACCACGCCGACAGUCGAAUCUACCGAGGUGAUAUUCACCGGAAUCUACACGUUCGAAUCAGCUGUAAAAGUGAUGGCGCGAGGUUUCAUAUUACAACCGUUUACUUAUCUUAGAGAUGCAUGGAAUUGGUUGGACUUCGUAGUAAUAGCAUUAGCAUAUGUAACUAUGGGUAUAGAUUUGGGUAAUCUUGCUGCAUUGAGAACAUUCAGGGUAUUACGAGCUCUCAAAACAGUAGCCAUCGUUCCGGGUUUAAAAACCAUCGUCGGGGCUGUCAUAGAAUCUGUUAAGAAUCUCAGAGAUGUGAUAAUUUUAACAAUGUUUUCGUUAUCCGUGUUUGCUUUGAUGGGUCUGCAAAUCUACAUGGGAGUGCUUACACAAAAGUGCAUCAAAGAGUUUCCUUUAGAUGGUUCAUGGGGUAACUUGACCGAUGAAAGCUGGGAGCUGUUCAACAGCAAUGAUACUAAUUGGUUCUAUUCCGAAAGUGGUGACAUUCCUCUGUGUGGAAAUUCAUCCGGCGCUGGGCAAUGUGAUGAAGGUUACAUUUGUUUACAAGGUUAUGGUAAAAAUCCAAAUUACGGGUAUACAAGUUUUGAUACAUUCGGAUGGGCAUUCUUGUCUGCCUUUCGUCUAAUGACUCAAGAUUAUUGGGAGAACUUAUAUCAACUGGUGUUACGAUCAGCUGGACCGUGGCACAUGCUCUUCUUCAUUGUGAUUAUCUUCUUGGGUUCGUUUUACCUUGUAAAUUUAAUCUUGGCCAUUGUUGCCAUGUCGUACGACGAACUCCAGAAGAAGGCCGAAGAGGAAGAGGCCGCCGAGGAAGAAGCACUCCGGGAAGCAGAAGAAGCGGCAGCAGCAAAGGCGGCAAAGCUGGAAGCGCAACAGGCAGCUGCAGCAGCAGCAGCCAAUCCAGAGAUAGCCAAGAGCCCAUCGGAUUUCUCCUGUCACAGCUAUGAGUUGUUCGUCGGCCAGGAGAAGGGCAAUGAUGAUAACAAUAAGGAGAAAAUGUCCAUCAGGAGCGAAGGAUUGGAGUCGGUGAGCGAAAUCACAAGAACAACCGCACCAACAGCUACUGCAGCUGGCACUGCAAAAGCCCGUAAAGUGAGCGCGGCUUCACUUUCAUUACCUGGUUCACCAUUUAAUCUUCGUAGAGGAUCAAGAGGAUCACAUCAGUUUACGAUACGUAACGGUAGAGGACGUUUCGUUGGUGUACCUGGUAGCGAUAGAAAACCACUGGUACUCUCAACAUAUCUCGAUGCACAAGAGCACCUGCCAUAUGCGGAUGAUUCCAACGCGGUAACGCCAAUGUCGGAGGAAAACGGUGCAAUCAUCGUUCCAGUAUACUAUGCUAACUUAGGUUCAAGGCAUUCGUCGUACACUUCUCAUCAGUCGCGGAUUUCGUAUACAUCUCAUGGAGACCUGCUAGGUGGCAUGACGAAGGAAAGCCGGUUGCGCAAUCGAUCUGCGCGUAAUACAAAUCAUUCAAUCGUACCCCCUCCAAAUGCAGCAAACCUUGCAUACGCCGAUACAAACCAUAAAGGGCAGCGAGACUUCGAUAUGUCACAAGACUGCACAGAUGAAGCAGGCAAAAUAAAACAUAACGACAAUCCUUUCAUCGAGCCUGCUCAGACACAAACCGUUGUAGAUAUGAAAGACGUGAUGGUGUUAAACGACAUUAUUGAGCAAGCUGCGGGUCGGCAUAGUAGAGCUAGCGAUCACGGAGUCUCUGUUUAUUACUUCCCCACAGAGGACGACGACGAGGAUGGUCCAACCUUCAAGGAUAAGGCCCUCGAGUUCCUGAUGAAGAUGAUCGACAUUUUCUGCGUCUGGGACUGUUGUUGGGUUUGGCUAAAAUUUCAGGAAGGUGUAGCAUUCAUUGUGUUCGACCCAUUCGUGGAGCUUUUCAUUACGCUAUGCAUCGUGGUAAACACACUAUUCAUGGCGUUAGAUCAUCACGAUAUGGAUCCAGACAUGGAAAAAGCGCUGAAAAGCGGCAACUAUUUCUUUACUGCUACAUUUGCCAUUGAAGCGACGAUGAAGCUUAUCGCAAUGAGCCCUAAGUACUACUUUCAGGAGGGCUGGAACAUCUUCGACUUCAUCAUCGUUGCAUUGUCUCUUCUGGAGUUGGGACUUGAAGGUGUUCAAGGACUGUCAGUAUUACGCUCAUUCCGUUUGCUUCGAGUCUUUAAGCUCGCAAAAUCAUGGCCAACGCUGAAUUUACUCAUUUCCAUCAUGGGCAGAACGAUGGGUGCGUUAGGUAAUCUGACGUUCGUGCUCUGCAUUAUCAUCUUCAUCUUUGCCGUGAUGGGAAUGCAGCUGUUCGGAAAGAACUAUGUCGAUAAUGUUGACCGUUUCCCGGACCAUGAUUUGCCAAGAUGGAAUUUCACAGACUUUAUGCAUUCCUUCAUGAUUGUGUUCCGAGUGCUAUGUGGUGAAUGGAUUGAAUCUAUGUGGGACUGCAUGCUAGUUGGCGACGUAUCAUGUAUUCCGUUCUUCUUAGCAACGGUAGUGAUAGGAAAUUUAGUUGUACUUAAUCUUUUCUUAGCCUUGCUUUUGUCCAACUUUGGUUCAUCGUCGCUAUCAGCACCAACAGCAGACAACGAGACCAACAAGAUAGCCGAAGCAUUUAAUCGCAUUUCUCGCUUCUCUAACUGGAUCAAAAUGAAUAUUGCAAAUGCUUUGAAGUUUGUGAAAAAUAAACUAACAAGCCAAAUUGCUUCCGUACAGCCAACAGAACACGGAGAAAACGAGCUAGAACUUACCCCAGACGACAUACUGGCUGAUGGACUUUUGAAAAAGGGAAUCAAAGAGCACAACCAACUGGAGGUAGCCAUCGGUGAUGGUAUGGAGUUUACGAUUCAUGGCGAUCUGAAGAACAAAGGAAAGAAAAAUAAGCAAAUCUUGAACAGCUCGAAGGACGAUGAUACUGCCAGUAUCAAAUCUUAUGGCAGUCACAAAAAUCGCCCAUUCAAAGAUGAAAGCCACAAAGGUAGCGCCGAAACGAUGGAAGGUGAAGAAAAACGUGAUGCCAGCAAAGAAGAUCUAGGAAUUGAUGAAGAGCUCGAUGAUGAAGGAGAAGGCGAAGAGGGCCCGCUGGAUGGAGAGCUUAUCAUUCACGCAGAGGAAGAUGAAGUUAUCGAAGAUUCGCCAGCUGACUGUUGCCCGGAUAAUUGCUAUAAAAAAUUUCCGGUUCUUGCUGGUGAUGAUGAUGCACCGUUUUGGCAAGGCUGGGCCAACUUGCGUCUCAAAACGUUUCAGCUGAUUGAGAACAAGUACUUUGAGACUGCUGUUAUUACUAUGAUUUUGCUUAGUAGCUUAGCUUUGGCUCUUGAAGAUGUGCAUCUUCCACAGCGACCAAUUCUGCAAGAUAUCCUUUAUUAUAUGGAUAGGAUUUUCACGGUGAUAUUUUUUUUAGAGAUGUUAAUCAAAUGGUUAGCUCUAGGUUUUAAGGUAUACUUUACGAACGCUUGGUGCUGGCUUGAUUUUAUAAUUGUAAUGCUAUCGCUGAUAAACCUUGCCGCUAUCUGGGUCGGAGCGGCAGAUAUACCAGCAUUCCGUUCAAUGCGUACCCUGCGCGCCUUGCGCCCGCUUCGUGCCGUAUCACGCUGGGAGGGUAUGAGAGUUGUAGUGAAUGCAUUGGUGCAGGCUAUACCGUCCAUCUUCAACGUGCUGCUGGUAUGUUUGAUUUUCUGGCUAAUUUUUGCAAUCAUGGGAGUGCAGCUAUUUGCUGGAAAAUAUUUCAAGUGUGUGGAUAAAAAUAAAACAACGUUACCUCACGAGAUUAUUCCGGACGUUAAUGCGUGCAAGGCAGAAAACUACACAUGGGAAAAUUCUCCAAUGAACUUCGAUCACGUUGGAAAAGCAUAUCUGUGUUUAUUUCAAGUUGCUACCUUCAAAGGCUGGAUACAAAUCAUGAACGAUGCUAUAGAUUCUCGCGAUGUCGGAAAGCAGCCUAUACGCGAAACAAACAUUUACAUGUACUUAUACUUUGUGUUUUUCAUCAUUUUUGGAUCAUUCUUUACUUUGAACCUAUUCAUUGGUGUGAUUAUCGAUAACUUUAAUGAGCAGAAAAAGAAAGCUGGUGGAUCGUUGGAGAUGUUCAUGACGGAAGAUCAGAAGAAAUACUACAACGCCAUGAAGAAAAUGGGAUCAAAGAAACCACUUAAAGCGAUUCCACGGCCAAGGUGGAGACCACAAGCAAUAGUAUUCGAAAUCGUGACGAACAAAAAGUUCGAUAUGAUCAUUAUGUUGUUUAUCGGUUUCAAUAUGUUGACCAUGACUCUCGAUCAUUACAAACAAUCGGAGACGUUUAGCGCAGUACUUGACUAUUUGAAUAUGAUAUUCAUUUGUAUCUUUAGCAGCGAAUGUCUCAUGAAAAUUUUUGCGCUCCGUUACCAUUACUUCAUUGAACCAUGGAAUCUAUUCGACUUUGUUGUGGUAAUUUUAUCCAUUCUAGGUCUGGUUCUAAGCGAUUUGAUUGAAAAAUAUUUUGUUUCACCGACGCUCCUUCGAGUUGUGCGAGUCGCGAAAGUGGGUCGAGUAUUGCGUUUAGUCAAAGGUGCUAAGGGCAUACGAACGUUGCUCUUCGCGUUAGCCAUGUCUCUGCCUGCACUUUUCAACAUUUGCUUGCUAUUAUUUUUGGUGAUGUUUAUCUUUGCCAUAUUUGGAAUGUCAUUCUUCAUGCACGUUAAGGAUAAAAGCGGCUUAGACGAUGUGUACAACUUCAAAACAUUCGGUCAAAGCAUGAUUUUGCUUUUCCAGAUGUCCACUUCAGCAGGGUGGGAUGGUGUUCUUGACGGUAUUAUCAAUGAAGAAGACUGCCUACCACCAGACAAUGACAAAGGAUAUCCGGGUAACUGUGGCUCGUCUACGAUCGGUAUCACGUACCUAUUGGCGUAUCUAGUAAUAAGCUUCCUGAUCGUAAUCAACAUGUACAUCGCUGUUAUCCUCGAAAACUAUUCUCAAGCUACUGAAGAUGUACAGGAAGGCUUAACCGAUGAUGAUUACGAUAUGUAUUACGAAAUUUGGCAGCAAUUCGAUCCCGACGGUACCCAAUACGUUCGGUACGAUCAAUUGUCAGACUUCCUAGACGUACUAGAGCCGCCCCUGCAAAUUCACAAACCCAACCGUUACAAGAUUAUCUCAAUGGACAUUCCUAUCUGCCGAGGAGAUAUGAUGUUCUGUGUGGAUAUACUCGAUGCGUUAACGAAAGACUUUUUCGCCCGGAAAGGAAACCCUAUCGAAGAGUCGGCCGAAUUGGGUGAAGUUCAACAGCGUCCGGACGAGGUUGGUUACGAACCGGUAUCGUCUACGCUUUGGAGGCAGCGAGAAGAAUACUGUGCUCGUCUGAUACAGCACGCAUGGAAACGCUAUAAACAGCGUCAUGGAGGUGGAACCGAUGGUUCUGGAGAUGAUCUAGAAGACGCCUGUGAUAACGAUAACGGAGAUGGCACUGGCAAUGAUAACGAUGGUAGCGGAGAAGAUGUAAUCGGCAGUGGUGACAAUGCGAGUCAACAUGCUGGCGGCAGCAUAGGCGGAGGAGGUAGCUCUCUGGGUAGUGGAAAAAGUAGAGAAAUUCUAGGAGGAUCUCAGGCUAACAUAGGAAUAGUGGAUCAUAGCUUAUCACCUAAGGAAUCGCCCGAUGGUUGUGGUGAUCUCCAAGGCCGUCAGACGGCCGUCCUUGUGGAGAGUGAUGGAUUUGUGACGAAGAACGGUCACCGAGUCGUCAUACACUCACGAUCUCCCAGCAUAACAUCACGAACGGCGGAUGUCUGA